AUGGACGUACUCACCGCACUCGCGUCCCGUGUCAACGACACCGACGUCUCGACGCUUCUACACCUCGCCGCGCCGGCGCUAGUCACGGGCUUCGCGCUACUCGUUGUCGUCGUGGUGGUGCGUCGAUGGUCGCAGGCCGCAGCUGAGGCGGGAGUGCGGUACAGCGUGCCGGUGCCGGAGCAGGCGAGGGAAGGGUGGAAAGGGGACGUGCUAGAGAAGCCUGGGAUCAAGGUAUAUGUGGUGAGGGCGGAUAAAGGGGGUGAAAAGGGGCGCUCACGUGAUUGGCAGGUUGAAGGCAGCGAGGCCAUACAGUGUUAUUGUCCUGCGAAUGGGCGGUUGCUGGGACGGAUCGAGCCUGAUACGCGGGCGGAUAUCGAUAGGGCGGUGGAGAGGGCGGAGGCGGCGCAGAGGGAGUGGAGGACGACGACGUUUGCGCAGCGGAGGCGGGUGUUGAGGAGUAUGCUGAGGUUUCUGCUGGAUAAUCAGGAUACGCUGGCCACAGUUGCGUGCCUUGAUUCUGGGAAGACCCGGAUCGACGCGCUGUUUGGGGAGAUUCUCGUUACGGCGGAGAAGCUCAAGUGGGUGAUUGAUCAUGGCGAGAGGGCGCUCAGGCCGGAGCGUCGACCGACGAACUUCCUCAUGUUUUACAAGAAGAACGAGGUCCGAUGGGAGCCGUUGGGUGUUGUGGCUGCUUGUGUCAGCUGGAACUAUCCCUUCCACAACCUCAUCAGUCCCGUCAUAUCGUCACUCUUCGCUGGCAAUGCCAUUGUCGUCAAGGGCUCCGAGCAGACCGCCUGGUCCUCUGCCUACUUCGCCUCCGUUGCAAAACACGCCCUGAUCGCCUGCGGUCAUUCCCCCGAGCUCGUCCAGUCCGUCACCUGCUGGCCCGACGUCGCACCACACCUCACCUCCCACCCAGGCAUCGCACACAUCACCUUCAUCGGCUCCCGACCCGUCGCCUUCCACGUCGCCGCCUCCGCCGCAUCAGCCCUCAUCCCCACCGUCAUCGAGCUCGGCGGCAAAGACCCUGCCAUCGUCCUCGACGACGCCGCCCCAGACCUCUCCCGCAUCAUCCCCAUCCUCAUGCGCGGCACCUUCCAAUCCGCAGGCCAAAACUGCAUCGGCAUCGAACGCAUCAUCGCCCAGCCCGCCAUCCACGACAAAAUCCUCUCCGCCGUCCUCCCGCUCAUCAAAUCCCUCAACCAAGGCUCCGCCCUCGACAACCCGCCCUCCGCCCCCGCAAUCGACCUCGGCGCCUCCAUCUCCCCAUCCUCCUUCCCAGCCCUCCAAGCCCUCAUCGCCGAAGCCAUCGCCGACGGCGCAACCCUCCACACCGGCGGCAACCCCUACUCCCACCCAUCCCACCCAAAAGGCCACUACUUCGCCCCAACCCUACUCUCAAACGUCACUCCCUCCAUGCGCAUCGCCCGCACCGAACUCUUCGCCCCAGUAAUGCUCCUCCUCCGCGCCCCGACCCCCGCCGCCGCCCUCGCCGCCGCAAACGCAACCCCCUACGCCCUCGGCGCCAGCAUCUUCGGCCGCUGCCCCCGCGUCCUCGCCGACUUGACCGACGGUAUAUCCGCCGGCAUGGUCAGCGUCAACGACUUCGCCGCCUACUACGCCGUGCAGCUGCCCUUUGGCGGCGUGCGCGGCAGUGGCUACGGCCGUUUCGCCGGUGCGGAGGGCCUGCGCGGCGUGUGUAAUGUUAAGAGUGUUUGUGUUGAUCGUUGGCCGUCGGUGCUGCGGACGGCGAUUCCGUCGGUGCUGGGCAUGCCGGGAGGUGCGGGUGCGGCGCGCAUGUGGGAGUUUGGCAAGGGGGUUGUGGAGGUUGGGUAUGGGGAGAGCUUGGGGCGGAGGGUGAGGGGUGUGAGGCGGUUUUUGGGCGUUUGA